AUGUCAUCGGCGCAUUUGUCAACUGGUCGAUUAAAUGUGGGUAUUAUACAAAAACAAGCUAGAAAACAACUACUUUGCUUACUCGAAAAAUGUGAUGGUACAAAGGUAAUUAUAUGGGAUCAGUCUCUUGCAGGACCAAUUGGUCUUGUUGCAAAGUAUAAUUUGCUUGAGGAACAUGAAGUAGUUAAAAUGUAUCCAUUAUGUGGUGGAAGUUUGACAAUACCAUCAAAUAUUGUUAAUAUAAUAUUUAUUACUAGGCCUCAAUUGGGCCUCAUGGAUUUAAUUGCUGAAAAUAUUCAUGGUGAGGUAGAGAAAAGGCCACGCAAAGAAUUUCAUCUCUUUUUUGUACCUCGAAAAAGUCUCCUGUGUCAAAAAAAACUUCAAAAUCGAGGUGUCUUUGGGAAUUUUACUCUAAUAGAAGAGUUUAAAUGUGACUUGUUUCCCUUCGAUAAUGAUCUUUUGUCCAUGGAACUUAGUGGAUCAUUUAAGGAAUUUCAUUUAGAGAAUGAUCCGACGUGCUUGUACCAAGUAGCACAAGCCAUUCAUGGUUUGCAAAGAUUAUAUGGAAAGAUCCCAAAAAUUACAGGAAGAGGAUCUGCGGCUAGUAAAGUUUGGGAAUUAUUAGAAAGAUUAAAUCGAGAAGAGGAAGAUAUUAAAACAACAUCUGUACAAACAACUACGAUAGAACAUUUAUUAUUACUGGAUCGAUCUAUAGAUUUACUUUCACCUUUAGUUACACAGUUAACAUAUGAAGGAUUAAUAGAUGAAAUUUUUGGCAUAAAAUGCAAUACUGUUCAGUUGCCAGCAAAAAGAUUUCAUGAUUCUCAUGAUUCUAAAGAUUCUCCAACAACUAUGUCUCUUAAUGAAAAAGAACAAAUCAUACUUAAUUCUGGAGAAGAACUGUUUGCAGAAAUAAGAGACAAAAACUUUAAUGGUGUAGGACCAGCUCUUAGUAAAAAAGCUAAAAUUAUUUCAUCACAAUUUGAUGAAAGACAUAGAGAUAAAAGUGUACAAGAGAUUAAGCAGUUUGUAGCUCGGUUGCCACACAUGUUAGCUACUAAGCAAUCAUUAGCAAAACACACAACAAUAGCAGAAAUGAUAAAGGAAGUAACAGAUUCAAGUAACUUUUUAGAAUCAUUACAAGUUGAACAAGAACUGUUAAACUGUAUUGAUACAGAUAAACCAAAUGCUUACAUAGAGGAUAUGAUAGCACAACAAGAAUCACUUCUUAAAGUUUUACGGCUUCUUUGUAUACAAUCUCUAACAAAUUCUGGACUUAAACCAAAGUUAUUGGAUUAUUAUAAAAGAGAAAUAAUACAAACAUAUGGAUAUCACCAUUUACCAACUAUAUUAAAUUUAGAAAAGGCUGGAUUAUUGAAACAGCAACAAUCUACUCGUCAAUAUGCAGUUUUACGAAAAGCAUUAAGACUUACAGUCGAAGAUGAAAAUGAAAUUGCACCAAAAGGUAUUAGUUAUGUUCAUUCCAUAUAUGCACCAUUAAGUGUACGGUUAGCAGAGCAACUUGUGCAACCAAAUGGUUGGCAGGGUUUAAAUGAUGUAAUGGGUUUACUACCAGGACCCACUAUUAGUAGUGUCCCAGUUAAUGUUCAAUCAUCCGGAAAAAGAAAUUCUGUCACUAGUGAAGAUUCUAAUUCUGAACGAUCAAAGCUGGUAAUGGUUUUUUUCAUUGGGGGAUGUACAUUUGCAGAAAUUUCUGCUCUUAGAUUUUUGUCUCAACAUGAGGAUUCAAAUGUAGAUUUCGUUAUCUGCACAACGAAGCUAAUAAAUGGAAACACAUUCUUAACGUCAUUAAUGGAAAAUUUAGAUAGUACAUAA